AUGGCGGCUGGUCCUGGAGCCGCAAGCGGCCACGGAGCCCGCAGCUCCAACGCUGCUCUGGAAGCGUCUUUGGACCGGCGGUUUCAAGGAAUAUCCAAUACUAUGGAGUCAAUACAGGGACUGUCAACCUGGUGCAUUGAAAAUAAAAAGCACCACGGCCUUAUAGUUCGCUACUGGAUGAAGUGGCUCAAGAAAUGUGAGUAACAAACGCUAGCUCAGCCAACCCCCCCAGCUAGCUUACUUUAGCUAAUCCAUAUGCAAUUUUUCGUUGACGUUAUAUAAAGUUGUCUAACCGAGCUGGGGCUUUUGGUUAACAACUCUGAGUGAGUUAAGCAUAAGGGAUUGUGGUGCAUGAAAUUAAUUCUGGCCUAUUAAAAGCAAGGGGUUUUAUUCAGCUGCGUCUUAAUAAGGCUUGCGUUGCCACCACUUCUUAAAAUUGGCCGCGUAUAUGAGCUAGCUAGGCUAACCGUGGAUGCUAACACUGUUUACAAGUGGGCCUCUCGAGGUUCAUGUCUGGACCAGGUUGGACAUUUCAGGAUGAAUGGCUUUGCUUCCAUGUGCUCCAAUAAUUAAAAUGGGAUGUAUAAUUCUGUGCGUUACUCGCUUUUACUGUACAUUCGUCGAAGAAUAUGUUUAAGUUCUGUUCUGGCGUAGUUUUUAUACAUUUUCAGUCUUUCAUUAACGCUGUUUUCGUGUUGCUGAUACCUCUUUAUGAGUAUACAGUUGAGCUUGUUUUUGAUAUGUUUCUUGUUAUAAUGGGUUUGAGGAAAAAUGGUAUACCAGGCCACAUUUAACUAACACAUGGUACAAUUCGGAUACUUUUAAUUCAGCAGUAAUUGAAAACUUUAAUGAUAUUUCCUUCAGAUUGGUUUCUUUUUAUUUUAUUACACCGACCAACCAAAGCAGUAUACAACUGGGCAAUCUAUUGCAGUUCAAGCUCUACAGCAAACUCAACUUUCAGGAAGCUUCAGAAUUUCCACUCUUUAUUUCAUGUUACUUCAUGGAUAUGAUUGAAGACCUGGGUAGUGAUGGUAUGCUGGAGUGUACAGUAGUUGAAUGGGUUCCUUAUAUUUUGUCCACUGCAUUAUCAAACGUGAGAGGACGCCUCAGUUCACCACCAUCACCUCCUAUAACUUCAACAACGAAUUUAAAUAAUUGUAAUUACUUGUCUGAUAAUGUCAGCAAAAGCUGCAAAUGCAGAAAUCUUGUGAAAGCAAUGAUUUCGGGAGUGCUAUUGAAUUGGGUUGCAUGACAUUGCCCUAAUAUAUGUAUGUAUUGCCAUAAGGUUACAGCAUUUCAGAGUACAUUUCUACCUUUUUGCUGAAAGGGAUAUUUGGCGUAAAACUAAUUUAGGGUCAAACACACCGUAACAACGAUUUAGACACCGUCUUGAUGAAUGUUGCAGACCGCUUGCUUCUCUAGUUUUACCAACUUCAGUAACGACCACACUAUAGCAAUACAGAGAGCCACGCGCUCAACCAAAACGCCACUCUAUAGCCCCAAAUAAUGCUCAGAACAGCACCUAACUUCAUCAACAGUACAUACAGUCAUCUAGCCACAGCACUAGCCACCAAACAUCUUUUUAGCUCUGCCUAAUUUCUUUAGCAAAGAGACUAAACACAACUCGCCUACUCUCUUCCAGCAGCCUCUUGUUUGUAGCGAGACCUCAGGCCAGUCCAUUACGGACUACAGUUGGGUGACGCAGCUCAAGGAAGAACAUUAAUGAUCAUUUCUUUAUAAUUUUCCUUGAAGUAAUAAUCACCAUAUUAGUCAUUUUGCACUGCAGACGCGGUAGUUUUUCUGCGUUAGCGUCUCGGUCUGAUUGCAUUUUCAUGAAGAAAUGAUCAGAAAUGUUCUUCCUUGAGCUGCGUCACCCCGCUGUAGUCUGUAAUGGACUGGCCUGAGGUCUCGCUACAAACAAGCGGCUGCUGGAAGAGAGUGGGUGAGUUGUGUUUAGUCUCUUUGCUAAAUUAGGCAAAGUUUAAAAGAUGUUUGGUGGCUAGUGCUGUGGCUGGGAUCCUAAAUGUCCUGUUGAUGAAGUUAGGUGCUGUUCUGAGCAUUAUUUGUGCCCAUAAAGUGGCGUUUUGGUUGAGGUUUGUGUGUGCCCUCCUCAGACCGGUGUGAAUUGCUAUCCUGCAGUUGUUACUUAAGUUAGUAUAACUAGAGAAGCAAGCGGUCGGCGUUGGGUGUGUAUGACCCUAACUUAAUUUUACGCCGGAAUAUCCUUUUAAGUAUUUUCUGGAUAUUCAGCAGUUUGCUGAUCCAGAUUGAUUAAGCUAAUUUUGUGUACAUUUGUAAGAAAUUAAGUGGUGGUGUUGAUUGUCAUAACAACGUAGAAACAAGGCAGAAGUUUUGAAUGCAUGUCCAAAGCAGACAUUGGUCCGAAAGUGUUACUGGAGGGAUUUCAGUGAGUGGGUGGUUAUGCAUUCCCCUCCAGUUUUUUCCAGACUCAACCAUAUUAUUGCGCUUUGUCUCGACAGCUUGACUGAAUACUACUGACAGUUGGGCGUAUUGGCAACAUGAUACCAAUCCUGCAUAAUGAUCACUGCAGUGCUAUACAAACAUUGCACCACAGCACUCUGAUUUCAUCUUUCAACAACAACAAAUAUUGACAAAUUUACUCUUUAUAACUUAGGCCUCAUUACAAGUCCAGCAAGGCCAUUUGAAAAAGCAACGACAUCUGACUCUCAGUAUUAGACGCAGUCACAAGAUUAAUGUUUACGCAUCAACUUUGCAGCAUCUGUUUUCGUGGCUCUAAAGUCACAGACACCGUAGAUGUUGUUAAAUCGGGCUGGAGUUGGAGAAAAUAGCGUAAAGAAGAGGCAAAGCCAGUUAACUGCUCUCGAUUUUAUAUUGUUCUCUGAAGCUUUCAUUACCAAGGUAUUGAUUUUUGUUGUCACUGUUCUGUUUUUGUGAUCUUUUUCCCCCAUAGGCCAUUAGUUCUUUUUUUAGUGCUGGAUCUCUGCAGACUCUGCUGUCUGACUUGUAAUAGAAAAGCUUGUGGUGUUAUUCUGAGUUUCCGCUGCAUCCUGCUGCUAUGAAUCGAAGCAUGAAUUUAACUGUCUUUAAACAGGCUCAGAUGGGUAUUGGCUCUUUAGCAUUUUUCAUUUGUUUUGAAAAGGAUUGUGUCGAACAUAAGGACCAGACAGACAUAAUAUGUUUUUGCUGGUAUGUUUUUGUUUUUUCACUGCCAUACUUUGUUGUAGGGAUAACUGCAGAGGAUGUUGGCAUUUUAGAUGAAGUCAUAUUUGUUUAAAUGUGUGUAUGGUUCAUACAUUUGUAAAUUUUAGUCUUUGUUUGAUGACUUAUCCCAGUAACUCCUACAGGAAUUUGCUUUUUUAUCUGGUCAGUGAGAAUUAUUUCCUGCUUUAGCCAACACUCGUUUAAAAUGUCCAAUUAACAUUACUUUAGGACCAUUUUAAAGAGUAUACUUUUGCAAAUUCCACAUGUUACAUAAUUUGCAUGAGGCAUGAUUGGAAUAGUUUUUUAUAAGCUGUUAUACAGAAGUGUUUGUUUACAGAUAUUUGAAAUAGCUUCUUUGUCAGGGUUAGUAGAAAUAUUGAAUUUGAUUUGUUAUAUAUUUUUUACAGGGUCUAAGUUUGUUGUUGAUACACUAGAUUCAAGGGAACGUUGUUCACCCAGUUAAACAGAAGGAAUAAGUGUCAGUAUCAGAACCCCUGUGAAUUAUAUUGUACCUUGAAAAACGUAUGGGAUGCACACCCAGCAGAACUUGUUUUCACCUUCACCAUCAAUGUUGGAGAUGUCUUCUCAGUAGGAGGUUGCUUUUGUAGCACUGAGUGUCCCAGGCAAAUCAUGUAGGCAAAGCUUUUGCUGACUUAAGAUAGGGAGCUGUUGGGCUGCUUGGUUCUGUCCUUGUUUUCUUGUAGAGAGUGGUGCCAAUUGACCAAGAGUCAGUCUGCAGACUGUCAUUUGUAGUUGGAUUUUAGCUGUGACAUUUAAGCAUGUAAAGCAUUGUAUCUGGAUGAAUUUGUAGGAUUCUUCACAAUACUCUACAGCUUUCUAGCCUCAGCUAAUUUCAGUGCAUAUUCUUAGAUGGGCAUUAUCAAACACACCCAACUCAACAGCAGGAACACAAAAAACACUACAAGCUCACAUGCAGGAAUUAAGUCUCUGAACUACUGAACCACAUUUGCUGAACUCUUUUCUUGCCUUGCUGAUAUCUUCUGAUUGGCUAUUAUUUCAGCAUCAUAUUUUGCAUCAGAAAUUUUUUGACUUUAAAGGUGGAAAUUAUUGUGUUGUGUGUGAACACAAUUUAGCUGAAGUCCAAAAGUUCAGUUUGAUGGAGCCUGGAUCAGGGCGGUGUAUUAUUUUUUUUUUAAACAUGGGAUUAACUCUUGCUCCAGUGACAGUUUGGAAAUCUAACUGAAAUAAAGGUAGUUAACUUUCAGUGUGGAUACUUUGUUUGUUAUCUCUCUGCAGAUUUUCUAUUUUAGGAUACAGUAAACUGAUCUCACGGUCAUGCGUGACAUAUUUACACAAUACCACAACAAUGAUCAAUAAGUGCAGUGGCUGCAUGAAUUCAGUCAUGCUAUCAUUUUGUCUGGGCAAGGUCUUAAUCCAAUUGAAUGUACAUCGUAUUAAAGGGAAGGUGAACAGAAAAUUUAAAACUCAACUCAACUCAACCUCAUUUAUAAAGGGCUUUAAAACAACCACAGCCAAUACAAAGUGCUGUACAUAAAUGGACAAAAACAACUCAGACAUAAAAACAAUUUAAACAGUUAAAACAAUAGAUAAAGUAAAGCAGAUAAUAAAAGGAAAACAACAUAAGACAUUUGUUGAAGUGUUUUUUUCCUAUUCCAUUGUAUGGAUGCAAAGCUGAAUGCAUGCUAUCAUACCUCCACAUGGUGGCAUGCAUUACACCACUUACUGUAAAAAGCAAUUUUGAGCACUUAGACUGACAAAAAAACAACCCCUCAGAAAUGCAGUUACUGUUUUGUUACAAUCAAAUUAUUUGUACAAAAUAUCAGUAAAGCGGUUAAAAAAGGUGAUUAAAGGAAUCAUUUCAAAUUCUAGCAAGACUCUGUUUUAGCCCGUGUAUAAAAGACUUUUUGUUGUUUUAUCAAGCAAACGUCUUGACCUGAAUGAACAGACAUUAAUCAAUGACUUUAUCACUUAUUUUAAAUCAUUUGCUGAGAAGUUGAUAUCAGUUGACAGGCUCAGUGCUGGGUGAUUCUGAUAUACUCAGCUGAUAUGUUGGUGCAUCUCCUGGCACAUUAUGAUAUAAUAUUUAUAGUAAAAUUACACCCUUUUGGCACGCAUUUUGAUCAGCUGUCAUCCUGUAAGAAAGAGAAAUAGUGAGAAAUUAGCUCAAAUGCCUGGGCCCAAAUUGAGAUCUUUUUGAAUUUAAGUUACAAACACAGGGAGCAGUUUGUACUUUUGUUAGUGUGAUACCUGUUAGGAUUUUAGCUUCUUAACACUGUGCAUGUGUGUGAGUGCUUGUACAUAAGAGGACUGCUUUGAUUUAAGGAGUUAUGAUCAGUCCAUAUUUGAAGCCUGAGAAAAUUCAAAAGGCUGUAACUUGAGUAAUCCUUAAAUUAUUUCAGGAAUCUUAAUCACACAGUGAUAAACUCAAAUCAAACAGAUGAAUAAGCCCAGAUAAGCCCCACUCUGCAGCUUUGUUCUGUUUCUUAUUUUAAAAGUAAAAUAAUUCAUGCGAUCUGAAAAAGAAAUAGUCUUUGUGUUCAGACAGGAUUUAUUGGGUCCGUGUAAAUACUAACGGUUUUGGAUAAAGUUGGUUUUAUUUUAUUUUUUUAACCUUUGCCUUUGUGAGUGAUUGCUAGACUGAGACAACAAAGGCUAUUUCUUUAAUUACAGCAACUAUCUGAAAAUGAAAAUACACUGAAAAUACAUUCAGCUACUUUCAGCAUAUAAGCAACAAAUUCAUUUUUUUAGUAUACAGGAGUGUUUGAAUCAUCCUAAAUUUAGGUGACAGCCUUUACAGCAUCUAUAGUGUAAAAGACUGUAAAGGAUUUUAAAUUUCUGGACUAUCAACAGUGUAGGAUGUUAAAUUAUGUGGUAGAUGUUGUUUCAUUUGAACUUACAGUAGGCCACAUAGAACAAAUUAAUGCCAAAAUUUAUGUUUUUUUUCUUCUGCGUUAUGUUGAUGCAAACAUAACAGCCUGAUGGGGAGUCAAAAUGGAGCCAUUAAAAUUCAGAAAUUUACAUAUAUUUAUAUUUUUACCUGAAUAUGGAAACCCUUGUUACUCUUUUUAGAUUAAGAGUUUUGCAUGAUUUUCAUGCUGCUUUUUACUCUGUAUCUAGUAUUCCUUAACAUUGUGCUGAUCUUGGUAAGCACAGAUUUUCCAACUAAAAGCAAAGAGCAUCAAUCCUACACAAAAUUAAAAACUUUAAAUUAAAACUUCACACUUACCCUGGAACUCCUGAUGAAGUUAUGCCUGGAAACAUAUUUAUUGAUAAACAUAAUAGUCAUACUUGUAGAAAUGCUUCCCAAGGAAUAAUGUUGAUACACAUAGAAAUAUAUGAGAUAGUGCCUUAUUAGAUUUGUUUUUUUAAGCUUAUUAAAAGUUGAAGAUGGUUUAUGUCUUCUCUGUUUAUCAGUUAUUUAAUAAAUCUGACCAUCUUUAUCUCGCAUUUUCAUGCAGUGCAUUGACCAUAACAGAAUAAUACCAAUAUAUCUUUGUUCAGCUAAAACCAAUCAAUGAUAUUGAUCUAUUUAAUUUGCAACUUUUCACUCAUAAUGAACUUUUAUAAAGAUAUUUUUCUUCAGUCUUUGUAAAGGUGUGUUGAUGUUGGAAAUCAGUUUUUUAAUGUUUUAUUACCAGAAAGUAUUUACCUCCAUCAGUCACACAUUAUCAUUAGAGUGAGUUCCUGUCAAUUACCUGUAAGAAUUUUUGUUGUAGGACGUUUUGUUCGAAAGGCUUGGUCUAACACAAGUUCCUAAAUCUCUGCAUCCAAAUCUUAUCUUUGCUUCUUGCUGUUUUUUUGUUUCAGCUGACAACAACCACCGUUUGAAUCUCUUCUAUCUUGCCAAUGAUGUGAUACAGAACUGCAAAAGAAGAAAUGCCAUUGUGUUUCGUUCUGCCUUUGCUGAAGUCCUUCCUAACGCCGCUCAGCUCAUCAAGUGAGUACAGAGGCUUUUUUUUUUGUAGCACUGGAUCAGUGUUCUGAGUGAUUUCAUCGACAUAGUUGUUUAAUGUUUGGUCUACAAGAAUGAGUAGAUACUGAUGCUUUUCUGCUGUUACUGAGUGGUGCCCUGAUGUUUUUUUUUCACCUUUGUCAGAGAUGGAAAGGUCCGCAGAUCAGUGGAAAGGAUCUUUGUGAUUUGGGAGGAGAGGAGUGUGUAUCCUGAGGAGGUCAUUGCGCAGUUCAAAGCCAAUUUAAACAAGAAGGAGAAAGAGCGAGAGAAACAGAAGGAGAAAGAAAAAGAGAAAGAAAAGGAGAAAGUAAAAGAGAAGGAAAAGGAGGUCUCACCGGCGAUUGGUGAGUGUGGCACUCUUAUGUGCUCAUGUUUCAAAAGUGAAAGGAUUUUUCAAAUUGGUGACAGUUUUGAUUUCUUGCUGUUUAAUUUCUAUUUCCAGCUCCUGUCAACAAAGCUGCCCUCAAGUCCAAGAUUUUAGAGGAGUUCACAGUAAGUCUGUGUCAGUUUGUUUACAGCGACAAAAGUGCUGCAACUUUGUUAAUUUUGUUCAUUUGGACUCUGCUUUCCCUUCCAGCCACACGCCCUUGUUGAACAGUUGUCUCGAUAUAAGCGAGCUGUUGCUGAAGAGGAGUUCAGGGAGAAGCAGCUGGCGGCUCUUAGGGUGGACGUUUGCAGCACAGAGGCUCUGAAGAGGCUUAAAGGUCAGAUAAACGAAUGAAUUUCUACUUUUCUAAACAUAUUAUUUUAUGUAACACACACACACACCUACUUUCUCCUCAUGCCUUGUCAAGAGUUAUCUCCCCCUAAGCGGGGAUGCAGCAGGAGUAUUUGAAGUUAUUACCAUCGAAAAAGUUGACCCUUGAACUGCUGCUGUUGGUUUAGCUCUGUGUGCUCAGCUUUAGUUUUUAAAACAACAGGGUGUUAAGGGCGCACUCACUCUAGGAAAUCUGUACCAUCCUCUGGCAUGUUUGACCCCUAAAGUCAAGUUUGUUUGGUUAGCGUGAGUGCUCUGUACUGCGCCCAGGCAGCACACACUUCCUUGGCCCUGGCCUGGUUGGGAGAGGUGGACUUCUGCACUGUACAGUCACCCGUGCAAAUGCAGGAAAACGACGCAGUGAAGCACCUGGAUUUUUUGCUUUCACACGAACUCCACAUGUUACAUCUGCAAAGCAUCACGGAUGAAACAGUUGGACCUGAAUGCGAAGCGUGUGUCUGAUGGUUGUUCAGCAAGACCAGAAUUCUGUGAUAUUACCCAGAGCAGAAAACAAGUGCACCCUGAACUCUGCCACAAAGUCAGUCAACUUUGAGUCAUGUUCUCUGUGAUGCUGUCCCCUUCAUAGUGCGUCUUUUAAAUUGAGGACAUUACAUGGUGAAGGAAAAUCAUACAUGUCUUUUAAUGAUGGGGGUAAUCACGCCCAGCCCAUUUUAAACCUGAAGCAGUAUGAAUGUUGGCCAGCAGGAGAGCAGUAGUAUUUUGACACAGUACAGGGCAACUUAGCCUGUUGUGACUGAUUCCUCUCUCAAAAACUUUCCUCUCUUGUUCUGAGGCCCUAAGAUGAAAAAGAUGUGACAAAAUGAAAUUACAGGAAUCACCAUCAUGUAUUACCAGUUGAAUAAAUCCAAAGUAUUAUUAUCCAAGUUCAGCUUCUGAAGUAAGCCAUGUGAUUGUGUAGCUGUCCUUAGCACUAGUUAAAUAAAAGCCCAAUGAUAUGAAUAUUCACACACCACUUGAUUUUAAAGUUUUUUCAUUUACUUUGCCAUCUAUUUGUUUAAACUGUAAAAAUUUUAGCUGCACUUUUUGAUUUCCUUUUUUCUUUCUUUGUUAUCUCUUUUAUUUUUAGACAAAGCAGGAGGGAAUAAGUUCGCCAAGGACUUUGAGGAUGGAAGUCUGAAGCUGCAGGAGUUUGUCAGCUACCUUGAUAAGGAGCUGAAAACAGGGCCUCCUCUGCUGGAAGCUUUGGGAAAUGCAGACAUUUUCUACGAGAUGCAGUACAAGGAGGUUAAGAUUGUGGCCAAUGUGAGUGUCAAAGCAAAUGAUUUCCUCCGUUUUUACUGCUGCAAUGAAACCUAAAAAUCCAAAAAUGUAAAAGACGAGGUUAAGUCUCUCUCUGAUGCUCACGCUGUAACUUGUGUCUUUUAAUUUGCUCCUCCACUCCACUCAGGCCUACAACGCCUUUGCCAACCGUGUGGCCAGUCUAAAAAGGAAAUUGGAUUCCCUCAAGUCGACUCUACCUGGACCUGAGGACUCUCCCAUCCCCUCCCCCUCAGAGGACGCCCCCUCUCCCACUGGUUCUGACUCCCCCUUCCUCGGACUGGGGCCGAGCAGAGCCCAGGUGGACCCGGAGCUGGAUGGCAAGGCCAUGGAUGAAGGAGAGCUACCCAAUGACAACAGAGACAUGGAGGACAUGGAUAUGUCUGAUGAAGAGGCCGAGGCUCUCACAGCAGGGGGUUAGUGACCACAUAGGGUUUCAAUGGGGUCACAGUGGUCAGUCCGUAUUAGGCUGCCCUGUUGUUGUGUUUUCAUGUUGAUUUGAAAAUGUAUGAGCUCUUUGAAUUAUGUCACUAGCAGGUGAGAAGAAAGACAAGGCGUCUGCUGCUGUUGCCAAGACUACAAAGUCAGACACAGCAUCAAGGACCCCAACCACACCGACUAAAACGUCCAAGAACAACACUAUUGCUGCUGCCACAGCAAACCCCGUUGUCCCCAACUCUGCUGCUGCUCCGAGCACUCCAGCAACCCCUCUGGGAGUCAAUCUGGAGAAGGUGGACCUGGGAAAGAUCAGCUCCAUUCUUAGCUCACUCACUUCUGCCAUGAAAAAUACAGGUAUGUUCAGGGGGUAGGGGGAGAUACACGAGCUGCUUUAUGUCUGAUGCUGAUUACGUACCUGAUUGGGUACUAACUUAAGUGUACAUCAAAACAUAGACCUCUGAGUUCCUUGGGCUAAAUCAUUAAGAUUUUGUUUUGGAUAUUUAUUUAUGCUUUAAAACAAUAAAAAAAGAUGUUAUCACUUUGACUUAGCAGUGAAAUUACACUUCUUGCACAGAGAUUGUUAUCGUCAUAUCUUCCAAAUUCUGGAAAUGUGCUGUUUUGAAUUGUAAAAAGUUUUUCGCAGCCUGUUCCCAUACAGCUCAAGCAAUGAAUACAGGAUUUUUGGGGUGGCCAGUCAGAUUUUAACUGGGGCCCUGGAUCUACCUCUGCCACCCAGCCAACAUCACCUGAGCCUUUCAAGCUUAUUGUGCAACAGGAGAAUUUUUUAUUUACUGACACCCAAAUGCAACAUUUAGUGAUCGCAGUCGGGGUAAAGGGAAAUCAGUGUCAGGUUUGCUCAACAACAGAAGCAGCAGGAAACCACAUCUGCGGUGACUUUGAAAGAAUGAGAGGAAACAAAAUUGGUCUCUCUAGACCACAGUGCAGAAAUACAAAUAAUUUUGAAAAAAAAAACAAAAGAGAAGAAUAUAAUAUGGUUGGAGAAUAGUAUAUGUAUGUCUGCAUCUACGCUUGUGCCUACUUUGUCUAUGCACAUAUACACCCCUCUUCACAUGCUCCUUAUACAUACACAUGCAAACCUAAUGAGCAUAAAUUUUGUUACUAUAGUUGAUGUUAAUGUGGUCAUUACCCAUUUUUAUUCAAAGGGAAGUCUGUAUAUAUGUCUAUAUAUAUAUUUGGAUGGCGCUGUUGUGAUAUUUAAAGGUGAUUAAGGCCAACUUGAGAAAGUCAACUCACUUUCCCCCCUACAGUUUUUGCUUAAUAAGUGUUUUUUGACCCAUACAGCCUAAAUUUCAAUUAACAGAUUACUCUUUAAGUAUGGUGAAAUAUUCCUGACUAAAACCUUCACGCCAGGCUUUGACCUGGAGGCUAACUAACAUAAAUGAGUUGCUAGGAAACUGGGUAGGGAAUAAAACCUUGACAGAUGAGAAAAGGACACAAAAGAAGACUUAAGUUAUUGCACAGAUAAAAGGUAUGGAGCUGUAAAAGUGAUGGUUUAUGUAUCUUUCUUUGUGCAUCUCGUUAUUCACAUACUAAUGCAUUGUUUUGGUACAUUAAAGGUCAACUGGGAGACAAACGGGCCAUGUCGCCACCUACUGUAGUAGAGGCAGCCAUGCUUCUGAUAAUAACUUGAUAUUUGCCCAGAGCUAGUAAAUCAGGACAUAGUUGAACCCUAAUGGUAGCUCGACUUAGCUCUUCAUGUAAACAUACUGACUGUUCAGAUCACAUUACUACGCUGGUCCAUGACAUUCUUGCGUCCUCUCUUCAAAGAGGCUGCAUUGUAACACGUCCCUCUCUGUCUUUGAAUUUCUCUCAGCAGCCAGCCCUGCUCGGCCAUCUCCCAUAACACCCACCAUUCCCUCUGGCCAGUCAGCAGCCAAAGUGACCUCGACUAGCCCUGCGCUGGCCAGCAUCCUGUCCCGGGUUGAUAUUACACCUGAAGGCAUUCUCAAUGCUCUGUCCAAAACAAACACAGCAGGUAAGAUGUAAGCCACAAUUUCAGAUAUAAUAUGUAGUUUAUGAAAUGGUAUUAAUCUUUUCUGCAUGUUCUCCUUUUUUCUUUGAUUGUACAGGUUUAUCCUCUCUCCUGCAGAGUGUGUCAAACACAUCCUCUACUCCCACCCGACCCUCCCCAGAAUCAUCAGCGGUAAAAUCUCUCCUCAGCCCGACCACCCCGAAGCCCAAACUGACACUGGGGAACAGCCUCAAACGAGACACAUCCGGGAGAAACAGAGACUGGGAGAAAGACAGACAGCUGUCUCCUCCCCCACCUCCUCCCCCACCUCCCCCUCGACCCUCUGCCCCCUCUGUCUCUCCCCCAAGCUUAGAAUCAAAAAUCAACAGUUUCUUGCAGGGUAAUCCAGGAUUUAGUCUGGCUUUGGGUGAUGUCAGUCCUGAUGGGGUUGAUGGUACACCGGUGAGAGACGAGGCUGCUGGCACCCCCACCCAAGAUGAGAUCAUGGACACCCCUGGCAGUGUCCCGGAAUCUCUUGGGUCAUCCGGUCAUACCCUUUCCCCCACAGCAUACCGCAGUGAACCCUGGGAUGCUGUGAUCACCCCGUCAGGAAGCAGCAGCAACGGGGACUUUCAGGGCUCUUCCUCCUCUUCCCGAUUUGGAGGCGGAAAGAAGAGCAGCACGAAAAUAAAAGAAGAUGAAGGGAUGAAUGUGAGGAAGCAGGUUUCCACUUCCCCGAGUCAUGAUAUGAAGAGUAAAAAAGAUGGACCGCACACCCAGCUAAGGAUGAAGGGAGAGAGAAGACUCUCAUCGAGCUCUCGUAAGACAAGCACUGGCUCAGACGAAGGAGGUCUGAGUGGAAAAAGAGAGGAUAAGCUCAAAGGUCAAGAGUCUCCGAGUGUAGGUGGAAAGGAAGGCCAGUAUCAUCGUAUUGAGACGCUAGUGUCACCCUGCACUGAAGGGGCUCCCAUCCAAACUCUCGGAUACUCAAACCGGCCGCUUGCCGGAGAGCGCAUCAAGACAGUAGAGAGCAUCCGUGUGAUUGGCCGAGGCUCCCGGAGAGGAGGAGCCAACAGUCGGCCAGGAGCAGCGAUGUGGUAUGAAGAAGAGGAAUACAUGGAAGCUCACCCUGUCUCACCAAACGCUGUCCCCCCUCCUCGUAAUAUUGGCCAAGGUGCCGCUGACGAUAUCAACCCCACCAUGCCUCCCCCACAUCUCCUACUCCCUCAUCUCCACCCUCCCCCCUCCCUCUCUCAUCCUCCUCCUCCUCCUCCGCAGGCUCAGUUCCAAAUGCCUUACCACACAGACAUGCAGACCCCUCCUCCAUCACUCCUCCACCAGCUACCUCCUCCGACAUCCCCUUUCUUCAGUACUCCUCCACCCAUCCCUCGACCCCCUCCACCCCCUAUUCCACAGGGCCUUUCCCCUCCACCUACUCACCCCCCUGUGCCCUCUGCAGUCAUGGUGGGGGGAGUGUUGGUCCCUGUGGACCGUCCCCUUUCUCUUCCUCUCCCAGUCAGACCUGAAGGAGAGCGAGGUGGAGUAGGGCCCAGGGGAAACAAGUUAGGCCCUCCACCUCGCAUGUCGUCAUUACUAGGUGAGCCCCCAAAGCAUCUCCGCCCUGGCACAGUUAAAGAGCCGUUUUCCCCCCGCCAUGCCCCGCCUCUCCUUCGCCCAGGUGUUCCCCUACCUUUACUGGGCAGAGUGAAAGAACCCUUAAAUCUACCUCUUCCUCCCCUUUCCCCCUCUCCCACAUCCUCCACCGCCUCCCCCUCCACCCCUACCUCCCCGGCAGUUGACACAGUCCCCUCUCGCCUCUCCGCUCAGUCCUCCGCUCCUCCUCUUCACAAGACCCCCGCCAGCCCUCCAGCUCAGCCCCGCAACCAAACCUGUAACCCCGUACCCCUCCUUGCCCUCCCCACUACCCGACCCCCAAUCCUCUCAAACCCAAUCCAACAGAGACCCCUGAUGCGAGGCCGAAACCACUCUCAGCACCGUAACCAAGAUCUUCACUCGGGUGGGUUUCGAGGGGGCAAGCGGGCUGGUCCUCCAUUCACAGGUGGUCCCUUCCACGCACAGAAGAGACCCUUCCUGCCCCCACGCUACUGA